AUGAUUAAAAAAUAUUUAUUUUUAUUUUUUAUAUUUCUAAUUUUUAAUUUCGUAUUGUCAAUUCAACCUCCAUUAUCAGAAUAUAAUUGUUUAAAAAACUUUGUUACCAAAUUUAAAUUAUCUACAAAAUUUCCAACAAAUUCAACAGGUGGAUAUGAUUUCUGUUCCAUUGUUAGUUGCAAUCCAGUAAAUGGUAGCAUAAAUGGAUUUUUAUCAUUACAAUCAGAAUCAACAACACCAACAACAGUAACAGUAGUUGGAACAGAUUUAUCAUGUUUACCAUUUAAUAAUUUAAAUUUACAAAAUUUUUUAAUUUCAACCACACUACUUUAUACAAAAUUUUUCACAUCAUGUUCAACUUUAGCUAUAAAUAGUGAUUCAAUAACUUCAAUUACCCAAGUAUUAGCACCUUAUGAAACAUUCACAAUUGUUUCAAAAAAAUUAAAUGGAGCAUUAAAGAUGUCAAAUUUUAUAAAUCAAAAAUCCAUUUUGAUUACAAACUCAAAUUCAACCUCUGGAUAUACAUUAGUUAAUGAUGCAUUGGCAGAAAAUAAAAUUAAAUUAGAAACUCCAAAUUUUAGUGGACUCUUAUCAGUCCCUGAUUUAACAGGCUACACAUCACUUGGAUAUCCAGCAUUCUAUUUUAGUGAUGCUUUAGAAGUAACUUCAUUAGCAUUGGCAAAUAUUAAAACCAUUGGAGCAGUUUCAAGUAGAUUAUAUUUCCCAUCAACAAAAACCAUACAAUUUCCAACAUCAUAUCAUAAUGAUACAUCAUAUUUAACAAUACAAGGUAAAUUUACAAAACCAACUGCAGUUAUUGAUUUGAGUAAAUUUGUAAAUUGUAGAAACAUUCAAAUUUUGAAUUAUGAUAAAACAUUUAACAUAAAUGGAGAGAUUCCAAUCAAAACAUCACCUUUUACUGAUAUAUAUUAUACCGAUGGGAAUAUUACAAAGAUUCCAAUUGGUGGUACAUCAUUUGUCACUUGGAGUACUGAGCAAUCUAUUACCAUUAAAAAAUCAGGAUUAAGUGGUACAUUACCUCCAUUAAGUGGAGUAAUUCCAACAUAUUAUGAUUUUUCAGGUAAUUCAAUCAGUGGAACUUUAUCAAAUACAUGGUGUAAUACAAAUAUUAUUGUAACUGAUAAUUUAAUGACUGGUACUCUACCAUCGUGUAUUGUAUGUCAUUUAAACAAUUCAGAAGUUGCAAAGAAAUUCACUGGUAAUAAAUUUACAAAUUUAGUUACAUCAAAUCCACCUUGCACAACAUUUGCACCAAAAAUUAAAGUUGAUAAAUCUCAAAAAACUAUAAUUUUAACAGGUACAGAUUUUGGUACCUAUACAUCGGGAUGGAUAUUAAACACUACCCUAUCAUGUGAAAAACUUUGGACAAAGGUUACCUAUGGUUCAAAUUAUACGUGUACCUACCCAUCUACAACUACAUUGGACAAAGUAAGUUACUUUUGGAUAAAUUUUAAUACCCCUGGUAGAAAUUAUACAUUUCCUGCAAUAUCUCAAGUUCCAACUCCAAAUUCUAUUAUUGUUGGUACAUCAAAUUCAGUGACUAUAAGUGGUACUUUUUUUUCAACAUAUAUUGGUUAUGUAACUCAAUCAAUCUCUGUUGGUAGUAUUUCAUGUACUGUUGGUACAUCAUCUUUUUCAUCAAUAACUUGUACAUUAGAUUCUGCACCCUCAACAAAUACUGAACAAAAAUUAAUCAUCACAACCAAUUCACUAAUUAAAGAAGCUUAUAUUAGUACAGUAGUUGGAUUUAAUAAUAAUAAAUUAUGCCCAAAUGAUUGCACAAGUUCAACUAGGGGAAUAUGUUAUAUGAAUAAUGGUACUUGUAAAUGUAAUAGUGGCUACGUUGGUCUAGAUUGCUCUGGUUUACAAUGUAAAGUACCAAACUGUUCAAAUGGUGGUACAUGUAAUACAACUGUGGGUUUGUGUGUAUGUGACUCAUCACAUCAAUCCUUAGAUUGUAGUUUAGAUUUUAAACAAUGUCCAAAAGGUUUAAAUUCAUUAAUAUGUAGUGGUGGUGGUAAUAGCUGCAAUAAUCAAACUGGUAUUUGUACGUGCAAUUCAUCACAUCAAGGUUUAAAUUGUAGUAUUAAUUAUAAGCAAUGUCCAAUUGGUUCUAAUUCAUUAAUAUGUAGUGGUGGUGGUAAUAGUUGUAAUAAUCAAACUGGAAUUUGUAAAUGUGAUUCAUCACAUCAGGGUUCAGAUUGUGCAAAUGAUUUUAUUCAAUGUCCAUUAAAAAAUUCAAUUCCUUGUUCAGGCCAUGGAAUUUGUAAUAAUAAAACUGGUGAUUGUACAUGCGAUAGUGGUUUUACUAAUCAGGAUUGUAGUGGUUAUACAUGUACUUCAAAUAAUUGCAAUGGACAUGGUGUUUGUGAUACAAGUAAAGGAAUUUGUCAAUGUUAUCCAGAAUGGCAAGAUAUUGAUUGCCAAACUCCUUUUAAAAAUUGUUUAGAUCCAACUUGUUCAAAUAAUGGUAUAUGUAAAAAUACAACAGGAAUUUGUGAAUGUAAUUCAUCACAUCAAGGUUUAACUUGUAGUAUUGAUUUCAAUCAAUGUCCAAUUGGUUCAAAUUCAUUAAUAUGUAGUGGUGGUAGUGGUAAUAUUUGUAAUAAUCAAACUGGAAUUUGUACAUGUGAUUCGUCACACCAAGGACCAGAUUGUGGAACUGAUUUUAUAAAAUGUCCAACUCAAAAUCUCACCCCAUGCAAUGGAUUUGGUAAUUGUAAUAAUAUAACUGGUUCAUGUUCAUGUGACCAAAAUCACCAAUCAGAAGAUUGUAAUAUAGUUUAUAAAGAAUGUCCAAUUAUAAAUUCAUUAAUAUGUAAUGGUUUUGAUAAUUCUUGUAAUAAUCAAACUGGUGUUUGUACAUGUGAUGAUUUACAUCAAGGAUUAGAUUGUGGACUAGAGUAUAAACCAUGUAUUAAUAAUUGUAAUGGUAAUGGAGUUUGUAAUAACCAAACCUCAAUAUGUACUUGCUAUGAAGCAUAUCAAGGUGAAACCUGCCAAUUUCAAAUAAACCAAUGUCCAAACAAUUGUACUACAGGUGGAGAUUGUGAUACAAUUACAGGUAUUUGUAAUUGUUAUCCAUUACGUAUUAAUAAUGAUUGCAGUGGUUAUGAAUGUUUAGAUCCAAAUUGUGGUGAUCAUGGUAUUUGCAAUGAUAUGAACGGCUUAUGUAUUUGCGACAAAGGAUACCGUGGGGACAAUUGUAUAUACGUAGAUCACUAUGCAUCAAGUGUAAUACCAACAAAAGAAGAAGGUGGUACCGUUUUAAUUUAUGGUUUGUUUGGUGAAAUUAACAAUGAUCCAAAUGUGCAAGUUGGUAAUUCAAAUUGUUUAAUCUCAAACAUUACAUCAAAUUCAAUUGAAUGCAUUAUUGGUAAAGGUAGUGGUAUUAAAGAUAUCUCAGUUACUCAAAAUGGAUUUGAAUGGAUUGGUAAAUCAAUGUUUAAUUAUAUUAAAUCCAAACAAUCAUGUCCAAACAAUUGUAAUUCAAAUGGUAUUUGCAAUGAUUUGCAAGGUAAAUGUGAAUGUUAUCCAGGUUUUACAGGUCAUGAUUGUAACUCAUUAUCAAAAACUGAUUUAAUAUCUCCAAGUACCCCAAAAGUUAAUGAAAACACUGCAAAUGGUAUUAUAGAAAAUGGUGAAAAUAAAUUUGAAAUCAUGGUAAUAACAUUACAAGAGAAAACAUUCACAAAUGGGGUUUUAAAACAAUAUAAUUUAGAAAACAAUUGGAAACUCCUUGAAAUAAUUAAUGAUGAAAAUAAUAAUAUUUUUAAAUUUAAACAAAAUUUAACAGAUUCAAGUGAAAUUUCAAUAAAUUUAGAAAUCAUUAAAAAAGAUAGAAUUAUAAAUUUUGCAGAUUAUUCAUUCGAAAUUUCAAAAGACUCUAUUAAAGUUUCAAUAAACAUUUCAAAUUAUAUUUAUUCAAAUUCUUUAAAUUAUUUACAAUUACAUUUAAAAUCAAAUGCCUAUAAAACUAACAAAACAAGUAGUGAUGAUGAAUUUGAUUGUAAUUUGGAUGAUGGUAGUGAUGCAAAAAUUGAUAAUCAAGAUUUAGAAAAUUCAAAUAUAAAUCAUGAAAAUUUUGUAACAAUAAUAAAGGAUAAUAAAAUCUUAAAUGGUAGAUACAUUGAUCAUGUUAUCUCUGAUGGAAUUUCAACAUUCAUAUCAAGUAGAACCAUUGAAAAAGAUAGUAAUUCAAUUACAGUUGGUUUGAAUUUACCACAUUGCAAGAAUUGUUUAAUUGAUCCAGACUUUUCAGUACUCUUAUCAACAGAUUUUAAAGAGAAUUGUAGUGACUCAAAUUCAAAUAAUUAUAUUAUUCCAGUUUCUAUUACAGUUUCAAUUGGUGGUGCUGCAGUAUUAGUUGGCUCUGCUAUCUUUUUCUAUAGAAAGAAAUUUAUAGAAAAUACCUUAAAAAUUCAAUUAAAAAGAUUAAGUAAAAAUAAUAGUAGUGGUAGUGAUGGUGGUAAUACACAAUCAUAA